GUCCUAACGUCCAUAAUUUUAAAUACUCAACCCUAGAAAUGUAUGUUCAUAUGAAGCGUUUGCAUGCAUUUAUGAUUUUCAUUUUCAUCAAACUUCAAUCAAAUCAGAAUGGCAUCGUUCAGUUUGAUGUGUGUGUCAUAAACAAGGAUGUCCAAUUUAAAUUAAACUUGAUGAAUUCACACUCAUCAAAUUUAUUAAAACACUUCAAAUCAUCAACAAGUGCUGCACAAAUUAUUCGAGAGACAUAACAUCAACAUUAUGAAUUCCCUCGAUUUGUACGAAAGACGAGCAUUAGAAAUUCUACCGGAAAGUAUUCGUGAUUACUAUCGCAGUGGUGCAGGAAACGAGAAUUCACUUUCAUGGAAUCGUGAGGACUUUAAUAACUUUCGUAUACGUCCUCGCUUUUUAAAGGAUGUUACUGAACGUGACAUGAGAUUAAAUGUUUUUGGUUCUAAUCCAUCUUUUCCUUGUGGCAUUAGUCCGACCGCGAUGCAACGAAUGGCUCAUCCAGAUGGUGAAGUAGCAUCUGUUAGAGCUGCACAAAAUGAGAAUACUGUCUUCAUUCUAAGUACAAUAGCAACAACGAGUAUCGAAGAUGUGGCAGCUGCCGCACCGAAGGCAAUAAAAUGGUUUCAGUUAUACAUUUACAAAGAUCGAAAGCUUACAGAGAGUCUUGUUAGACGAGCGGAAUUGGCAGACUUUAAAGCUCUUGUAUUAACAGUCGACGCUCCACUCUUUGGCCUUAGACGGGCGGAUUUGAGGAAUAAAUUUUCCAUGCCACAGCACUUAACUCUGGCAAAUUUCCAUCAUCAAGUCUCGAGCAUGGGCGGUUCAGGAAUCAAUGAAUAUGUGGCCAAGCAAUUCGAUCAAGGCAUCGUUUGGGAUGAUGUAAAAUGGCUCAUGAGCAUAACAAAACUGCCAGUUAUACUGAAGGGCAUCUUAACAAAGGAGGAUGCUCGACAUGCUUGUAAUAUUGGAGUUGGAGGCAUUAUGGUAUCAAAUCACGGUGCUCGUCAGCUUGAUAACGUUCCAUCAUCAAUCGAGGCACUUGCUGAAAUCUCAAAAGAAGUAAACGACGAGAUUCCAAUAUUUUUCGAUGGCGGUUUACGUCAAGGAACGGAUAUGUUUAUAGCUCUUGCCUUGGGUGCUAAAAUGUGCUUUAUCGGACGACCCGUUAUUUAUGGAUUAGCAUGUGAGGGACAGAGUGGCGUUGAGAAUGUCAUAAAGAUUCUUAAACGUGAAUUUGACUUGACUAUGUGCCUGUCUGGUGUAAAAAAUUUAAGUGAAAUAUGUGGAGAUAUGGUGGUCCAUAAAAAUUAUUACGCUCGCUUGUGAAUAUUAUUACCCGUUGAGAGAUAAAAUAAAAUAAAAAGUUUGUUGUGUUGAGCAUGUGCUUUUAGCUGUGUGGAACUUAAUGUAGUGUUAUUUUUAAGGAACAGUUUGUCCUUUUUGGUUUUAUAUCUCUUGCGUCAACUAAUAGAUAAUAGGUUACGGUUGGGUAUUCUUUAGAUAUAUUUGCUGAAUAGAACAAGUUGGAUAAUCAAGACGAAAUCCUAUGCUAAGACGAUACGGUGACGACUUGAGAUUAUCUGUCUUGUGCUACUCGGGUUUUGCAGUUCAAUAUAAAGAGAUAAGUUCCAAUACUAGAUAUCGUACAUGUUUUAAUGACUUAAAUAGCUUCAAGCUGAUUUUUAUCAGCUUUGCCAUGUCAAAGAAACCCAGAGCAUCUCGAAAUGCGUCUUUGCCAAU